AGUUGUCUUCCUUUAUGAUACCCUUUGGUCAAUCCACUAUGACGGUGACAGCACUCGAAUGGUCUCCAGACGGUAACUUUAUAGCUGUUGGAAGGUCGGAUGGAAGACUCAACAUAUUUCAGUUGGAAAGUGAUGACUCUCAUUUUGAACAAACUGUCUUUCCUGGUGACUCUGUUGCCAACUUGUAUUGGACAGAUUUCGAAAAAGAUAUGGGUUGUAUAGAUCCUUGUUAUCAAGAAUUGAUUCAACGAGAGAGAAAAGAAUACAUUAGCAAACAAGUAUUGGAUAAAAUACCCAACACAUCAAGUGUAUUGUGGUUAUCGAGUGGGAGUGGGUGGAUUCGUGCGUUUAUGCAUGGAAGAGUACCUUUAUUGAGUCUCUUUGAAAGUUAUCCUGUUUCUCAUCUUUAUUUUAGCAGGCAAGGUUAUCUAUUUUAUGCUUUUCAUUCUUCUUCUACUCGUUCCAUUACUUUGCAAGCUCUAUCUUUGGAUGAUAGUCUUCAGAGUUGGGGAGGUCCAUUUGCAUGGUUUGCUGAGAAUGUAUUACAAUUGGAUACAAGUAUUCUUCAUUAUCAAACUUCUUAUCAAAAGAUACUGUCCACAUUGAAAGAAAUCGGACAACUUGUAACAGAGAAAUGGAACGUAUUAAAAGAUAUGUUGAAGGAUUACAAUGAAGAUGUAUCUCAUGUUCGAGAGGCCUUUUUAUCAUUAAUCAAUGGACAGUCUUUAUCCGUAUUUACUCCUUAUUUCGUAAACCAUAUCACAUUGAUGGGUGCUGAGAGAUGGAAGAAGCAAAUACAAGAAAAGAUAUCCCAAUAUUUGAUACCUCUUAUGAAGCAAAUAUCCAUUGAAAUACGACAAAUGUUGAUGAGAUGGAGUCGAUUGGAAAGUUUUUUACAACACCAACGAAAACAAAGGCCUGAUAUAUUUGCCUCGAUAUAUGAUCAAAGCUUGGAAAUGAAACAAAGAGUUGUUGGUUUAUUAUAUCAAUGGAAUGAGUGGAAGCAAUGUAUAUUUACUUAUAUGGAGAGACUUGUUAGUUUUGUGGAUUGGUUUUGUUAUCAUGCUCGUCAUUUUGCACAAGAAAGUGGUUGUAUGGAUGGAGACUCUCAAAGUUCUUCGUUACCUAUCAAAGAUGUGUUCAAGGUGAUACUAUUUUUGGAUAUCAACGAUACUCCUGAAGAGGUAAGAAAGUUGAAAGAUAUAUAUCCAUAUCCUAUUGAUGAUGAUGAGAAUGUAAAGUGGUUCUCACCAACUCAAGAAUGGAUGAUGUCGUUGGAUAUCGAUGAAUGGAAAGAACAAUGGAAUGAUUACUAUCAAAAGUUGGAGAGUUUGAAAUGGAACUCCCUUUCUCAUUUGGUUUGGACCUAUUCUUUAGUGGAUGUUCCUCCUCGUUGGUUUCUUUCCUCUUCCCAACCCAUCACUUAUAGGAAUGAAAGAAAUGCUGCCAUCGUGAUUGCAUAUAUUUCACCUGAAACACAACGAGUGCAUUGUUUAUGGUUGAAACAUAAUGAGAAUAGAGAAUUAUCCAUUCAUUUGUCCUUUGCCAUUCCAAUCCUUGAGGGUUCUCUUUAUAGUAUUUUAUGGUAUCGGGAUGAAUAUUUGUUAUGGUGUGCCACGACAACAGAAAAGGAAAACGGUGCAGUCUCCUUAUGGAUAGGAAUGAACAAAAUAUCUUUCGAUUCCCAAUCCGAUACAUUAUCUAUGACUCAUUCUUGUUCCAUUCCACUCCAUGAGCUUCCUCAGCAGGUGUCCAUUUCAUCCAGUCCUAGUAGAAAUUUAUUUGGGUAUGUCUCUAUUAUCUCGAUGAAUAUUUGUCUACAUGGCUUUUCUUUUCCAUAGGAUUCAGUUGUAUUCCAAAAGAAUCGUCCUGUUGGAUACCACCGAAACAA